AUGGUCCAGUCAUUGAAACAAGCAGGAGAUACUGGAAAUACGCAGCAAGCCGGGGAACAUUCGGGAGAUGUUUAUAGCGCGCAGUUGCAGAUGAUCCUGCUCCAGACUCCCGCUGAAGUGCUUGUGGCCAAAGGAGAACAGUUGGAACUGUCCUGCUCUGCCAAAGUAUCUCUCGGUCGGUUGUUUUGGUACAGGCUGGACGAGAACGCUUCAUCGCAUUUUGUGAUAUCGGCGACUAUCAUGGACCAGAUAGAGCGGGGACAUGGGAUAGAUGAACGCUUCACCUUGAUCAAAAACACCUUUCGAUCAACAUUCAGCUUAAUAAUUAAAGACCCGCAACUCACCGACAACGGCACCUAUCACUGUAUGAUGUUCAGCUCCCAGACAACCUACCUAGGAGGUGGAAGUGUGGUGACUGUAGUUCCAGAGAAACCGAUAGUAACUUCACCGCCUACAACUACAAAACCGCGCAAAAUCAUUCGGUACAAGAACCCACCUCUGCGUGGCAAGAAGAAAAGGGAUACUGGGUAUGUCUGCGACUGGCCCAUCUGGGGAUCACUGACCGCCUGCAACCUCCUGCUUCUCACUUCCAUCCUUUCCAUCUUCAUCCAUCGUAGGAAUAAGUAUUACCAAAGGCGAUGUCCCCAACAGUUUCGCAAGAGAUAA